CGCCCUCUCCCGCACGACCAGUCCUCUUCGGCUCUCCUCCCUCCACUCCCAGAUCCUCUCUGCCGCCGCGGCCCGACGGAACAUUCCGCGCCCCCUCGCCGGCCGCCUCGCCGCAGCCCGCACGCGCACGGCACGGCCGGAGCCCGCGGGAAAGAUCCGACGGCGACGGGGGCGCCCAACCGAGGGACAGAUCGGGGAAAUUUCCACCUGCCUGCCUCGAGUCUGGACGGGGAAAGAAAAGGGUCCGCGCGGACGGUCUCGUCUACCGGGCAGGGGCUAGUAGUGCGGCAGAUCGAGCGGCCAAGCCCUGCGAGACGCGUGGGGGGAACAGAGACGGAGGGAAAGGGAAAGGGGAGGGCUGGGACAAGGGAGCAGCGGCCAGCGGGCGCGAUCUCCGGAGCGCAGCGGGAGCGCCGGGGCCGCCAGCCCGGGGUGGGGGGCCAUGAGGAUCCGGAAGCGCACCCCGGCCAGGGCCGCAGACCCGGGGCCCGCGCCGGCGCUCGCCGCCUCGCCGCCGCGUCCUCCUCCGCCGCUGCUGCAGCAGCUGCCCGAGGAGGGAUCCCGUGAGGAGGAGGAAGAGGUGGAGGAGAAGCGGGUGAUCCUGGUCGCCGGGGUCCGCGUCCAAGAAGGAGACGGCGGCCGGGUCCCCGCCGCCGCGUCCGACGGCAGCGCAAUGGACGACGACGUGCCGAAGCCGGAACCGCAGCCGCAGGACGCCGGCGCCCGGUGCAGCCGGAACGACGGGAAGCGGUGGCGCUGCAAGGGCGCGGCGGUGCCGGGGUACCUGUUCUGCGACCGCCACAUCGCGUGGUCCACACGCAAGCGCAAGCGCAGGCCCAAGAAGCACAAGCAGCAGCUGCUGCAGCAGCACCGCGGCGGCGGCGUCCUCCUGCCCCAAGCAGCCAAGGACGAGGCUGCGGCUUCGGCGGAGGAGGACGCGCCUCAGAUGGUGGUGCGAGGCGGCGACGACGACGGGUUCUUCGGCGGGUUCCGGAAGCGGGCGAGGGGCGGCGGGCCUGGGCCGGCGGCGUGAUGAAGGCCGUCGUGCUCUGCUCCGGAAACUCCUCUGCUUUUCCGACUGCAACUGAUUGACACGACCGCGUAGGUGCAUCUGCAUUUUCGCGUCGCGUCCACAAAUCCUCCUCGAUUUUGAUGCUGAUAUAGGAGUAUUACUGGUAGUACUAGUAGUUCUAGUGUUCAUCUGAUUCUGACGGCAGGCGAUUGCAACUUUGGAAGGCGAAUGCCGUGAUGCCUUUCCAGGGGGGAAUCCAGGACCAGAUGCGAAAGCAGACAAUGAGAAAUCGGGAAUUGAUCAUUGGCUGCGCCUCGUUCUUCUCGAGGUUUUUCUAAUUGCUCUGGCACUAUAGUAUGAUAUCUUUGCCGAGUGCGGUGGAGUCGAGGGAAAAAAA